UUUGCUUUCGCUUCGCUCUGCUCCGCCGGGGCGGCGUGGGCCCGGGGCCGGCGGGGAGCGGGCUGUGCCCCGAUCGCCGCCCCACCGAGCGACGGAGAGGGCUCCGGGCACAGACCUCCCCAGAGCCCAGCGAUGUCGCCGCGCCUGCUCAGGGCGGUGGGCUGCGGCUCGGCGGCCGUGCUGGCCCUGCUGACCGUGGUCGUCUUCGUCCUGGUCCUGCUCCCGGCAAAGGAUGCUGUCCUUCCUACCAGAAUCAAACACGGCCUGGUGUUUGACGCUGGCUCCACACACACGUCCCUCUACAUCUACCGGUGGCGCGCGGACAAGGAGAACGGCACGGGCAUCGUGUCCCAGGUGGAGGCCUGCUCAGUGUCCGGACCCGGCAUCUCCAGCUACGCAGACAACCCCGCGGGGGCUGGCGCCAGCCUGAAGCCUUGCCUGGACAGGGCCAUGAAGAUCGUCCCGGCCGAGCAGCAGCGGGAGACCCCCACGUACCUGGGGGCCACGGCCGGCAUGCGGCUGCUGAGGGAGGAGAACAGCAGCAAGGCCGAGCAGGUCUUGGCCGAGGUGUCCAAGGCCAUUGGGGAGUACCCUGUGGAUUUCCGCGGAGCCCGGAUCCUGACGGGCAGCGAGGAGGGCUCCUUUGGCUGGAUCACUGUCAACUACCUGCUGGAGACACUGGUCAAGUUCUCGUUUGCAGAGAAAUGGGAACAUCCCCAGGACACCGAGGUUCUGGGAGCUCUGGACCUCGGCGGUGCCUCGACGCAGAUCACCUUCCAGCCCGGGGUCCCCGCGGAGGACAGGAACACGUCCGUGUUCUUUCGGCUCUACGGCACCAACUACUCCCUGUACAGCCACAGCUACCUGUGCUACGGGCAGAGCCAGGCCCUGAAGAUGCUGCUGGCAGCUCUGCACCAGGCCAGCUCGAGUAGCCAGAUCAAGCACCCCUGCUACCCCCAGGGGUACCAGGAGAACGUCACCGUGGCAGAGCUCUACGACAGCCCCUGUGUGCGUGCGCCCAGCUCAGCCAGCCCUGGCCUCGUCCUCACGGUGACGGGGACAGGGGACCCAGCCGCGUGUGACGCGGCCGUGCGGAGACUCUUCAACUUCAGCUGCGGGGCGCAGGGGCCGUGCGGCUUCAAUGGGGUCUAUCAGCCCCCCGUGCGGGGACAGUUCUUGGCCUUCUCAGGGUUUUAUCACAGCCUUCACUUUCUGAACCUGACAGGAGGGCAGUCCCUGAGCUUGGUCAAUGCCACCAUCAGGCAGAUAUGCAACAGCAGCUGGAAGCAGGUGCAGGAGCUGUUCCCCACGGCCAGCAGGACCCAGCUCCGUGACGCCUGCGCAGCCAGCUCCUACAUCCUCACCCUCCUCCUGCAAGGCUACAAAUUCAACAUCACAACGUGGCCCAGCAUCCACUUCAUCCAGCAGGUUGCUAACACAGAUGUGGGCUGGACUCUGGGCUACAUGCUCAAUCUCACCAACCUGAUGCCCUCAGACCCUCCCAGAGCAGUCACAGAGCUCCCGAGAAGCAUCUGGAUAGCAGCCACCCUUCUGCUGGCCAUCAUGCUCAUCCUCAUCUUCUGCCUGCUCACAGCCACGUGCUGCCACAGAAACUCCUCGGGCUACGAGCAGCUGUAACAGCACUGCCUCCAGAGGCUGCCAGGCCGGGUCCUGCUGCCCCUCCUCUGCAGGGAGCUGCUUCCUGGGAAUCCCCCCUGUGUGCCCAGGGGCCACGGGCUUGUCCUGGGGGUCCCGAGUCCUGGCCUGGUGAGCUGGAGCUGGCACAGCUGGUGAAACACCCUCCCCACAGCUGUGCAACACCCUCCCCACAGCUGUGAAACAAACACCCUCCUCACAGCUGUGAAACAAACACCCUCCUCCACAGCUGUGAAACACCCUCCCCACAGCUGUGCAACACCCUCCCCACAGCUGUGAAACAAACACCCUCCUCACAGCUGUGAAACACCUUCUCCACAGCUGUGCAACAAACACCCUCCUCACAGCUGUGAAACAAACACCCUCCUCAC